UGAGAAAGAAAGAGAGAGUCGCCUGAGAUCAAAACUACUCUGCUUGGAAACACAGACAGUAUGGCGUAUCUCUAGAAAUCUCUCUCACACACACACAUUGUCUCUCCACAAACCCUAUUUAAAUACACCCUUUGCCCACCUCUUUCUCCCAUGCAACUCUUCUUUCCACUACCUAUCUCUUCUUCUUCUUCUUCUUCUUCAAUCUUUAAACCAACCCAUCAUCACUUGUCUCUUCUUCACUUCACUUUCUUUCUCUAUCUUUCACCUCCUUUUUUACUUAUUCUAAUUACCCACCACCUUCUCCGUCCUUCCGGGUUUCUUCUAACAGCUUAUAUAGAUUUUGACAUAUAGAAAUAUUUUUUGAAAGAUAAUAAGAAGAUGUCCAGCCGAAGGGCGAGAUCAAGACCAUCAGGGAGUUCAAGAAUCACAGACGAUCAGAUCCUUGAUCUAGUUACUAAGUUGCAACAGCUUCUUCCUGAGAUUGGGAAUAGGCUUUCGGACAAGAACCAAAACAGGAAUCCCAGGACUAAGAAAUGGAAAAGUAAGCUAUACAGAAAGCUGGAGGUUUCAGCUGCGAAGGUGUUGCAAGAGACGUGCAACUAUAUCAGAAGCUUGCACAGAGAGGUUGAUGAUCUUAGCGAGCGGCUCUCUGAGUUAUUGGCCACUACAGACACUGCCCAGGCUGCCAUAAUUAGGAAUUUACUUAUGCAAUAGAGCUAAGAUUGCUAGUUUUGAUUUAUUUCCUUUGUACUUGUCUUUCUUUCUAGGGUUUUAUCAUCAUCACUAGCUAUAGUACCUACUGAUCAUCAACAUGUAGUGCUUGUUUAAUGAUUAGAAAAUCGUUUUUGCAAGCUUUAUGAUCAGUCUGAGAAAUAGAAUAAAAAGGGCCUUCCCAUUUUACUGACAU